AUGAGGGAUGAAGGGACCAUGUUGUUCAGCCAACUUGUCAAGUCCUUCACGCCCAAGAAGAAGAUGGUGGAUGAUGAUGAUGGUGUUGAUUCUGCGAAUUAUGCCCGCGAGCAAGUGAAACGAGCCCAUGAUGUCACGAAGACUCCCACCGAGACGUGUAAGAACAUGUUUCAUGAAGGAGAUUCAACCACCAGGUACGAACUUUACAAUGGCGGGAUUGAUAUCGGCUUUGAGAUCUUUAGGAAAUACGCUCAGUUUGUUGAUGCUGGUUCAACUAAGUGGGACAAAAUCGAGGUAUUCCAAGCAAUUGCUAUUUUGGAGAAGCGAGCUCCGUGA